CGCCCCCAGCCUCUCCGUGCAGUUCUCCUCCAGGUCCGCCCAUGCUCCAUAUAAAGGAGGGCUCUGGGCUGAGCAGUCACUGCUUUCUGCUCACACCUAGAAGAUGUCUGGUCGCGGUAAAGGAGGGAAAGGGCUCGGGAAAGGCGGCGCCAAGCGGCACAGGAAGGUGCUCCGCGAUAACAUCCAGGGCAUCACCAAGCCUGCCAUCCGCCGUCUAGCUCGCAGGGGAGGCGUCAAGCGCAUCUCCGGCCUCAUCUAUGAGGAGACCCGCGGGGUGCUGAAAGUCUUCCUGGAGAACGUCAUCCGGGACGCCGUCACCUACACCGAGCACGCCAAGAGGAAGACCGUCACCGCCAUGGACGUGGUCUACGCGCUCAAGCGCCAGGGCCGCACUCUCUACGGCUUCGGGGAAGCAAUGUACUCGCCGCAUGUCAGGAGCGGUAAAGCCAUGGCCAGAACCAAGCAGACAGCGCGUAAGUCUACCGGCGGGAAAGCUCCCCGCAAGCAGCUGGCCACUAAGGCCGCCAGGAAGAGCGCCCCCGCCACUGGCGGAGUCAAGAAGCCUCACCGCUACCGCCCCGGGACCGUCGCUCUCCGGGAGAUCCGGCGCUACCAGAAGUCCACCGAGCUGCUCAUCAGGAAGCUGCCCUUCCAGCGCCUGGUCAGAGAGAUCGCCCAGGACUUCAAGACCGACCUUCGCUUCCAGAGCUCGGCCGUCAUGGCCCUGCAGGAGGCCAGCGAGGCUUACCUGGUCGGGCUCUUCGAGGACACCAACCUCUGCGCCAUCCACAAGAUGUCUGGUCGCGGUAAAGGAGGGAAAGGGCUCGGGAAAGGCGGCGCCAAGCGGCACAGGAAGGUGCUCCGCGAUAACAUCCAGGGCAUCACCAAGCCUGCCAUCCGCCGUCUAGCUCGCAGGGGAGGCGUCAAGCGCAUCUCCGGCCUCAUCUAUGAGGAGACCCGCGGGGUGCUGAAAGUCUUCCUGGAGAACGUCAUCCGGGACGCCGUCACCUACACCGAGCACGCCAAGAGGAAGACCGUCACCGCCAUGGACGUGGUCUACGCGCUCAAGCGCCAGGGCCGCACUCUCUACGGCUUCGGGGGUUAAUGCUGCCUCCGUCCUCACAGCACAAAGGCUCUUCUCAGAGCCGCCCACAUCUUCCCGGGGAGAAGCUACAAUUCCUUCUGCGCUCAGCCACUGAGGGGUUAACACCGCCCGCACAUCAGGGGGCGGGGAGCCGGACAAUUGGCCG